AUGGGGACCAGGAAGUGGGUGGCAACCAACCAUAUUUGGAAGAUAUCUUCUCUGAAAGCAAGUUUCUUGGGUGGACUGGUUGAGGUGGAGGGAUCAGCCAAAUACCUGAAUGAUCACAAGACAUCCAGAUAUCAGGCCAGAGUAACACUGAAGUACAAGGCUACCACUAAGUUCAAGGAACUGUCCAUGAACCAUCUCGGAAGAGGCAACGUGAAACAUCCGUAUGUUUUUGACCAAGGAAUAGCAACACAUGUAGUCACAGGUAUUCUUUAUGGAGCACAAGCCUUCUUUGUGUUUGAUCGUGAGAUGUCAAAAGGAGAAGAUCAUAAGGAAGUUCAAGGCCACUUGAAAGUGAUGAUCAAGAAGAUCCCACUCAUCUCUAUAGAGGGGGAAGGUUCCCUGCACAUGGAAGACAAAGAUAAGGCAAAUGUUGAGAGGUUUUCUUGCAAAUUCCACGGAGACUUUUCCCUUCAGAAAGCUCCAACAUCCUUUCAGGAUGCCAUACAGGUCUAUCAAAGCCUGCCGAUGAUGCUGGGAGCUAAUGGAGAAAAUGCUGUACCAAUGAAGGUUUGGCUGUUGCCAUUGACAAGUUUAGAUUCUACUGCUGCUCGACUUGUUCGUCAGAUAAGUGUAGGGCUAGUUCAGGAAGCACAGACAGUCCUGGAGGACUUCAGUGAGCUGGAAAUGAGGUGCAACGAUGCCAUGAGAACAACAACAGCACAGCAGUUUCCUCAGAUUGGCAAAAAACUUAAGAGUUUUAAAGAAAUGUGCUCUGUGUUCAAACUAGAAUUCCAACGAGCUUUAUCAUUGAAACUUCCAUCUAUACGAGGAGGAGGCGAAGAGGAGGCUGUGCUUGCAGAGAUACUGGAGAAGAGACAUUCAUCUCUGUUCAACAGCAGAAACCUGACUGAGUGGAUGGACUGUAAAGAGAGAGAAAUCUCCUCCUUGAGAUCUUACACCAAGAUGAUGAAAAACACAAAGACCAUCUCACCGCAGAAUGGUCUACAUGAUGAGAUUCUCAGUGCAGAGCAGGUCCUGUGUUUUGUUUUCACCUCACUGGGAGAUGCUGAGUUGUUCCUCUCAGCUUUAUCAAAAUACUUAAAGGGAACCACAACACCUGACGACCCACAAGAUCCACAGACCUAUGAUGUAGAGAAGGAGCAGUGGUACCUUUCAAACAAAGUUCCUGAUGAAAUGAGGAAAAAAGCAAAGCUCUUCAGGGAUUUUGCAGAGGCCAACAAGGAGAACGAGAACAUAAAGUUCCUCAUAACAGGUUUGACAAAUAAGACACAAAAAGGUUCCAGCAUCUACCUUUAUGAAGAAGGCUCUUCUCUCAGUGAGAACUUUGAACCACCUUCAAAGCCUGAAAGUGUGAAAGCAAGUGACAUAAACCACAACAGUGUGACCCUGAAGAUCUCUCCACCCAGAUCUGGAGCCAAGAACAUCACGUCCUACUCUGUUGAGUACUGUGUCCAUGGAGAGGAUGGAUGGCAACAGAAGACGGCGUCAAAGGAUGGAGACGUCACAGUGAGCGACCUGAGUCCUAACACAGAGUACGUGUUCAGAUGCAGAGCUGUCACCUCAGUAGGUGUUGGACCAGUCAACGAGGUCAGUGGAACCAUUAGAACUCUGCCCUGCAGCCCUCCUGGAGAACCUCGAGUUGAACCAAACAUAAGUGAGAUAACUCUUAGCUGGGAGAGACCUGCUGAGCUUGGACAAGAUGUCCACGUUCAGAGAUACAUCGUGGAGUACGCCCAAGCAGACAAAGUGAGGAAAGCCGAAGAUCUCCAGUGGAACCAAACAAUGUCAGAAUCUGAAGAGGUGAUCAUAUCAGAGCUUCGGUCAGGGACAGAGUAUGUUGUCAGGGUCACAUGUGACUGUGGUGGAGCUGGCAGAAGCAAGGAAAGCAUCUCUGUGAACGUCUGCACAAAGAAUGAUAAACUUCUCACAGAAUUCCUCACUCGUACGAGCUUAAGAAUAAGUUCUGAGCCCCUGUCAGUUUACCAACUGCCUCCCAACAAAGAAAAUACUGAUAUAGGAGGCCGGAGGUUUAACUUUGGCGAAAAAAGCAUGGAGAGAAAUCGCACCAUGAUUCUUUUUGGAGCGUCUGGAUCAGGAAAGUCCACUUUGAUAAAUGGAAUGAUCAACUACAUUGUAGGUGUAGAGUGGGACGACGACUUCAGAUUUAAAUUAAUAGUCAAGGAUCAGUCAAGGUCAGAACCUGAAAGGCAGUUCCCUGAUGUCACUGUGUACAAACUGAACCAUCAGGAGGGGUUUCAAAUCCCCUUCUCUCUGACCAUUGUGGAUAUUACAGGAGAUAUAACAGACAUAGACAGAGACGAGGUGGUAUACAUGCUUCAGGAUCUCUUCUCUGCUGAGGAGGGUGUCAGUGAAAUCGAUGCUGUGUGUUUCGUAGCUCCGGCUUCUUCAGCACGACUCACACCAAAACAGAAAUACUUGUUUGACUCAGUGCUCUCCAUCUUCGGCAAAGACGUGGCAGAAAACAUCCGGAUUCUGGUGACAUUUGCAGACGGCCAACGUCCACCAGUUCUGGAGGCGAUCAACGCUGCGGGCAACCCGUGUCCGAAAACAACAGAAGGACUGCCGGUUCACUUCAAGUUCAAUAACUCAGCGUGGUUUUCCCAAAACAAACCGUGUGCAGCAGAGAGCGCGAGUGGGGAGGAUGACGAGGGAGACUUCAGUGAGAUGUUUUGGAACAUGGGGAUAAAAAGAAUGAGGAAGUUUUUCACUGCUUUGAAUCAAAUGACGACCAAAAGCUUGACGUUGACAAAUGAGGUCCUCAGAGAAAGACAGAAUCUGGAGAGCUCAGUUCAGGGUUUGCAGGAGCAGGUUCAAAUUGGGUUAGACAAGAUGGAGGAGAUAAAAGAGACGGCUUCACAACUGAGAGAUCACGAAACAGAGAUCAGCAGCAACAAGGAUUUUGUGAUCGAACGCAAAGUCAAUAAGGCUUCUCGACAUUAUAAUGAUGGUUCUGAAACUUUCAUUACAAACUGUCAGCAGUGUAACUUUACCUGUCAUGACGAUUGUCCUUAUGAAAAUGAUGCAGAUAAAAUACACUGCAUUGCAAUGGGACGAGAUGGGAAAUGUACUCAGUGCCCAGGCAGAUGUCCCUGGGAUGUACAUUAUAAUCAGAUGUACCGAUGGGAGUACGAGGAAGUCACAGAAAGAAUAACAGUAAAAGAGCUGGAAGAAAAGUACCUGAAAGCCUCCGAGGCUGCAACGCCUGUGAAGGAACUGAUUGACAAACUGAGGGCUGAGUAUGAAGAUGUGAAGGCUGAGGUGGUGAAAGUGAUGGAUGACUCUACCAAGGGUCUAAACAGUCUUCAAGAGAUCGCACUGAGGCCAAACCCUCUGUCCACUCCAGAGUACAUCGACAUGCUCAUAGAAGGAGAGAAAGCUGAGGCCAAGUCGGGCUGGAAGUACAGAGUCCAGUAUCUGAGAGACAUGAGACAACAAGCAGAGUUCAUGGCUAAAGUGAACAGAGGAGAAAGAUUCCUCCAGAGUUCAUCCAGUGACUUCUAGUCUUUUCCUCUGAGGCGGCUUCCAAACUUUCAUUUAAACCGAAACCUUCUCUGUCUACAAGUGUUUUGGCUCAAUAUCAUUUUAAUCCCCAUCCAACAUGUGAACACGUAUCACCUGACCAUGCACGUACACAUGCAUGUGCCGCUGUAAACAGGAAGCGUUUGUUGUUAGUUGUGGUCAUGUGACAGGAGCCUGACGAAUCAGAGAGAAAGAACCAAUCCUCAAGAGGUUGUGAGCGUCUACGUGAUCGUUUCCAAACUUCUCUGUUUUAACUUUUCUGCCUCUUUGCUUCACGAUUCUUCAUCAGCUCGAUGAUUAAUUAACAAUUUAGCAUUAAUUUUAAUUACACAUCAAAAUGCAGCUUGUUGUGUGGGAGUAAUGUUGCUCUGUGUCACAGUAGAAAGCUGAGAGCUCACAUGACAGACAUGUCAACAAUGUAGUUCACUGGUUGAUUUAGGUCAAAUCAUAUCUGUGUCUUUAUGUGUUUCAUAUCUGAAUUACAUGAUAAAACAAAUAUUGUAACAAAUGUCAGUUUGCUUGGUUUGAACCUGUGUUUUACUCACAGCUGGUUUUAUCUUUGCUUGUGUUCUAUAACUUUCUAUGUUUUGAAAAAUUGAUGAUGAAAUUGUGUUAUUGUUUUGCAGUUUAUUCAAGUAUCUGUGGCAGAAAUAUAUAAGUAAAUAAAUCCAAGUUGAAAAACUGA